AUGGAUACUUCAAUAUAUGCAUUUUUAAUAGAAGAACAUGAAGCAAUUGAAAAAGAAAGAAAUGAACAAAUAUUAGAAUUUGGGAGACAAGAACAAUUAAAAUUAGAUUUAGAAAAUCAUUUAGAGAAUAAUUCAAAAAUAGGUUUAUCAAAAGAUGAUAGUAGUCGAUUACUAAAAUAUUCUUCUGAUAUAAUUAAUGACGAUGAUUGUUGUUGUUGUUGUUCUUCAAAAUCGAAAUCAAAUGAAAUAUUGAGAAUUACAAAUCCAAUUUUAACUGAAGAAGAAAGAAAACAAAUAAAUGAAAAAAAUAGGAUAAAUGAAUUAAAAGCCAUUAACUACUACCAUUUAUUAAAAAUUUCAAAUGCAAAAAUAAAUAAUAAAAAAAUAAUUGAUAGUUUAUAA